AUGGCACAACAAAAUACUGAAGAUUACACAUGUAUAGAUUUUUAUAAUGCACGAGGAUUACUGAGAAAAUGGAGAACUGAUCAAGUUCGAAAUUCUGGACCAAUAAUAGAAAUGUGGGAGCAUGUAUUAUCAAGAGCUCCCUCAUCAUUAGGUGAUGAAUUAUGGCCAAUUUUAGAACAAGUAUGUAUUUCAGCAAUGGAUGUAGCACGACAUGAUAUUGUUCUUGAUACUAUUCAAAGACUUGACAAAAAAUUUCCAAACUCUAAUAGAGUUAGGAGAUUACAAGCCAUGAGACUUGAGUCUUUAGGAAAAUUUUCUGAAGCAACUUAUUUAUAUGAUAAUUUAAUUAAAGCAGAUCCAACUAAAGGAGAUAAAACUGAAGCUAUAAAUACAUUAAAUGAACAUUUAAAAACUUAUAUUAAUGACACUGAAGCAUGGAAACAAUUAAGUGAAUUGUACUUUUCUGAAAACGAUUUAUUGCGUGGAAUUCAUUGUUUAGAAGAAUUAAUGUUAUCUAAUCCUCAUAAUCCUAUAUAUUUUAGAAGAUUAGGAGAGGCACGUUAUACUUUAGGUGGACAAGAAAAUUAUGAAAUGGCAAAAAAAUAUUUUGAAUAUGCUUUAGAAGCUAAUCCAAAUUGUUUAAGAUCAAGUGUUGGAUUAAUGUUAGUUUGUAAUCAGUUGAUUCAGUGUAAAAGUCUUUCUGCAAGUAAAAAAAACGAUACAGUAAAUAAAUACGAGGACGUUUUAAAAAAUACAAUUUCUAUAAUUGAAGAUGCUGAAGCUGGAAGUGAAGGCUUAGAUCAUGAAUGGAUUAUAAGAGAACUUGAAUGUCACAGAAAGAUGAAUGAUUAA